GUUAAAGUGGCUGGAUCAAGGCAGCACUCUGCUUUGACCUGUGGCACUGUUGGUGUGGGGGGGAGGGGGGCGUGGAGCGGAGGUGGAGACCUUUUAAUUAGCCCGACUCUCUUCGGGCUUUCGUCGUCUGCCAUUUAGUGGGGGGACGGAGCUGCCGUGGGCAAACUUGACUUCAGAGAAAAGGAAUCACUGGACGAUACUUCAUGUAGUCUACUGGAGGCUGCAUUUUCUUUUUCUUAGCUGUCCGGGUGACACAGAAUAUACAGCCAGGAACCGGCAUGGUCAGGAUAUCUGGACAAUCUGGAUGUUUUCUUGGGGGCGCUCUGUAACGAUGAAUUGGCGACUUUUGGUGUGACUGUGGAUAAUCAACACUGAACCAUGACUGGCUGGUGCAUAGCUUUGGGGGAACGUGUUUACACGCGAGUCACUGACAGCUAAGCUUUUGCAAUAAAACCAAACAGUUUAUCGGGUAUUUUCUGCGCACCGCGUCUCAUGCAUUUGUCUCCUGCAGACCUCCGUGCACACCAUCCCCUCUGGGUUUGGAGACGUAGUGGUGGUGGAGACUCCGGAGCAGAAAGUCAGGAAAGGACGGGGCUCUGUCCACCGAAAUAGUCACGAUUAGGCCCUACAGCAUGUGGGCAUAAAUAAAAGCUCUUAUGGCAGUUUUUGCGCUCAUGUUCCCGUUAUCUGGAGUUGAUCUGCUGUUGAUCUUAAAAUAAAAAGCUGGCCCUUUCUUGAGUCAAAGCAAACACUGCGGAGGAUGUGUUUUGGAUGAAGUUCUGCUCAGACCUGUAAACAAAACGUGGUGAUGUUCAGGAGGUGUUACUGUAUAUUCCCAGUGCAACUGAGUGGAACGGAAAACUGAAUGGACAUACACCAGUAAAGAGAUAUAUAUUGACUGCAGGGGCUCUUCAAGAAAACACACAAUAACACAUUUUAACUGGAUUUGAUAUUCCAUACUUACAGUGAUCAUAACUUCUAAAGAAACUAUUUCUUCACUUCUUUGGUGUUUCUUUUUCAACUUUUCCCUUUAUGCACACAUAUUUUGUAAUUCUCUUGGUUUUCACAAAUAUUUUUCCAAUGAGUGAAAUAGUGUGUAAGCAGCUGAGUGGACUUGUACUGGAACAGAGCAGGCAGUGAGCGAACCUUGCAGUCUCAAGUGCUGACAGGAAUGUAGAGACUGACGUCAAGAGGGGCAAUAAUGAACAAUUAAAAAUCUUAGUAAGGUCUGCUGGUGUUUCUACAGCCUCUACACCGCUAAUUGAGUGGAAUUUGAAUGAAAAGGGUUUUGUUUAUUCUCUCCUUUUUAACUUUUAAGAGUUCACAAUCAUUACCUUAGUUGUUAAACUGUGCCCCAUACUUUGCCUUACUUCUUUAUCUACUUUGUCUUUAAAAUAAUUGUCCCUUCUGCAUAGUCUUUGAUUUUGGAUAGAUUAAAAAGCAGCAUGGCAUCCCCCCAACAUCAACAACUGCUGCCUCACAACACAGAAGUGAGCUGUGACUCAAGUGGAGAUGGAGGUGUCUCAGUGAAGAUUGGCAGUAGUGGCAAACACAAGCAUGGAGGCGGGCCGCUGGGUUCAAUCGGGGGAGGCUUCAUUGGGGGAUCCAAGCACUGCAAGUACAGCAUCUCUUCUAGCUGCAGCUCCGGAGAGUCUGGAGUCAGGAGGCCGACAGUUAAGAGCUUUCGCACACAGAAGAAGAUGCCUCAGCUUUUUGAGAGAUCAGCUGGUCAUUUCUGGGACCCAAAGUUUGACUCUUCGAUCCUGGAGGAGGCCUGCAGAGAACGGUGUUUCCCUCAGACCCAACGGCGCUUCCGCUAUGUGCUCUUUUACCUGGUUGCCGCUGGCCUCCUGUGGGGAUUGUACUUUGCUGCCAACCCUUCCCGCUGUGACAGGGCUGCCUUUCUUCUUCCCACCGCAUUCUUCCUUGUUUUCUGCCUCCUUCUCUUCCUCUUAACUUUUACUAAGCUCUACUCUCGCUGCUACAACCAAGCAUCUCUGCUGCUCAUCCUUGUAACCUUCAUCCUGACCCUGGCCCCACAGAUCCAGACAUCAAGCUUCAGGGACCCGGAGACUCCCACACCUGCACUCGAUGUGGAAGAGUUCAGUGGCAUGGGACCCACAUACAACCUGUCGUACUACAAGCUUGUGGGAGGUAGCACCUGGUCCCCCUGUCUUUCUCCUGUAGGCACCUUCUCCCUCUGUAUCGAGGUUCUUCUGUUGCUGUACAGCGUUCUCCAUGUUCGCCUCUAUGCUUCUGUCAUGCUUGGGUUUUUCUACUCCGUCUUUUUUGAGAGUUUGGGUUGGUUGCACCUGACCCAGGUAGGGGACAACUGGAACGUAGCCUCUCAAUCAGACUGGGAUACGUUAAGUUGGCUGGGCCCAGCCAAAGCUCUGCUCCACCUGUGUGCCCACGCCAUCGGUAUCCACCUAUUCAUCAUGUCUGAGGUGCGGUCACGCAGCACCUUCCUUAAGGUGGGACAAGCUAUCAUGCAUGGCAAAGACCUGGAGGUGGAGAAAGCCUUGAAGGAGCGAAUGAUCCACUCUGUCAUGCCACGAAUCGUGGCUGAUGAACUGAUGAAGCAGGGUGAUGAGGAGAUAGGUGAUAAUUCUGUUAAACGAUACUCCACCAGUGGUGCAGCAGCCGCCAUCUCCAGCCCUAAAAACAAUAAACGCAAGAAAACCUCCAUCCCUCGAGGCCAGAUCAUCUUCAGACCCUUCAACAUGAAACGGAUGGAGCCCGUCAGCAUACUCUUUGCAGACAUUGUGGGCUUCACCAAAAUGUCUGCCAACAAAUCUGCUCAUGCCCUCGUUGGGCUUCUAAAUGAUUUAUUUGGACGUUUUGAUCGGCUCUGUGAGCUCACUGGCUGUGAAAAGAUCAGUACUCUAGGAGACUGUUACUACUGUGUGGCUGGUUGUCCUGAACCCAGACCAGACCAUGCCUAUUGCUGCGUGGAGAUGGGCCUGGGUAUGAUUCAGGCUAUUGAACAAUUCUGCCAGGAGAAGAGGGAGAUGGUCAACAUGAGGGUGGGUGUCCACACUGGCACUGUACUGUGUGGUAUCCUGGGCAUGAAACGCUUCAAGUUUGAUGUUUGGUCAAAUGAUGUCAACCUGGCCAACCUAAUGGAGCAGCUGGGCGUGGCUGGGAAGGUCCACCUAUCACAGGCCACUGCCAACUUCCUGGAUGACCGCUACCAGCAUGAAAGUGGACAAGUCAUUGAGAGAAUAGGACAGAGUGUGGUGGCUGAUCAGCUCAAAGGCCUGAAGACAUACCUGAUCUCUGGCAGGAAGGUGGAACCUUCCUCUCACUGUAUUUGCUCUCAGUCGGGAUUGGCUGGGCCUGAGCAUGCAGAUCCUCGGUUCCCCACUUCCAGGGUGCACACACCUGAUGGAGCUCCUACAACUUGCACCUUGCCUCCAGACAGUGCUAAGUCUCCCUGUCUAUCCUGCAGUGUGGUCCUGAUACCAGGGGAGGAUCAGGUUCUGGAGGAUGGCGCGGUGCACAAUGGCUGUCAUGACGACCACAAGACCAGCAGCAGCAGCAAGGACUCUUCAAAUCUGAAGUGCUCCCCAGUGGUUUCUGCAGGGCGCGGCCCCAAGGCUCUGAACGGCCUGCUCAGUCCUCAGCUGGAAGCCUUGAACAACAGCCAGACGUCACUGUGUGAGAUGCUGCAGGAGAAGGAGAAGAAGACGUGGAGCGGAGGAGCCAUGGGCAUGGACCACUCAGCGCUCAUCCCUCUACGCUCCAAGAACUUCAGGGAGAGGAGCGAUGCUCACUUUGUGGAUGUUAUCAAAGAGGACAGCCUUAUGAAAGACUAUUUCUACAAACCUCCCAUAAACAAGCUGAGCCUAACCUUCCUGGAGAAGAGCCUGGAGUCUGCUUACAGGAUAAGCUACCAGGAGGAGGUGGAAACCCAAGCAGCGGUGCAGACUUUUGCCAGUCCAACAUUCAGUUCUUUCCUGGACAUGCUGCUGUGCUGUUCAGUGUUUCUGGCUCUCUCACUGGCCUGUUUCCUUCGACCGCUUGUCACCCAGCAGAGUCUGUCCACACCAGCAGUCAUUCUGACAGCAGUAGCCACCCUGUUGGAGGUUGUGGCUCUGCUGUUUGCUAUACGUAUGGCUUUCUACCUGGACAGUGUGCUGAAUUGCACUCAGGUGCUGAUGAGAGCCAUUUCAGGCUGGAUAGCUCGUCACUUUAUAGGAGCCUUCCUGGUGUCCCUACCCACUGUGGCAGUCUACUCCCAUGUCACCUGUGACAUGCAUCUCUCCAUCCAGUUCACCAUGUUCAUCUGCUGUGCUGUCAUCAUAGCUAUCAUUCAGUACUGUAACUUCUGCCAACUUAGCUACUGGAUGCGCUCAACUCUAGCGAGUUUGGUGGGACUAGCACUGCUUGCCUUGAUCUUCAGCUCCCCCUGCAGUGUGGCUAAGAAUCUGUUUUCCUGGUCGAAUGGCCAUAACAAUAACAGCAACAGCUCCAUCGUCAUGUCUGACAGCCCAGCAGACCCAGACCCACAGCCUAGCCCACAGGCCCUGCUGGGCCCUGAGGCCUGUGUGGCCUUUUUCCUGCUCCUUCUCCUGGUCUGGUUCCUUAACCGUGAAUUUGAGGUCAGUCACCGCCUGCAUUACCAUGGCAACGUGGAGGCUGAUCAACACCGCAUCAAAAUCCAGAACAUGAGGGACCAGGCCGACUGGCUGCUCCGCAAUAUCAUCCCCAUCCAUGUGGCCGAGCAGCUGAAGGUCACCCAGAGCUACUCCAAGAACCACGACAAUGUGGGUGUAAUAUUUGCCAGUAUUGUUAACUUCAGUGAGUUUUAUGAGGAAAGCUACGAGGGAGGCAAGGAGUGCUAUCGUGUCCUCAACGAGCUAAUUGGAGACUUUGAUGAGCUGUUACGGAAGCCUGCCUUCUCAAAUAUUGAAAAGAUCAAGACCAUCGGUGCCACGUACAUGGCAGCAGCAGGACUCAAUGCGCAGCAGUGUGCAGAUGCGGCACAUCCUCAUGCCCACCUCCGCGCUCUUUUUGAUUUUUCCCUGGAAAUGAUGCAUGUGGUUGAUGAUUUCAACAAGAACAUGCUGGGCUUUGGCUUCAAGUUACGCAUUGGAUUCAAUCAUGGGCCUCUAACAGCGGGGGUGAUUGGCACUACUAAGCUUCUCUACGAUAUCUGGGGCGACACAGUCAACAUUGCCAGUCGCAUGGAUACUACAGGUGUGGAGUGUCGUGUCCAGGUCAGCGAGGAGAGCUAUUGUGUGCUUAAUGGCAUGGAUUAUGAGUUUGAUUACCGUGGCACAGUUAACGUUAAAGGCAAAGGCCAGAUGAAGACCUUCCUUUACCCUAAGAGCAGUGACAGUGGCCCUGUGCCUCAAUACCAACUCUCAGUCUCGCCAGAGAUCCGAGCACAGGUGGAUGGUAGUAUUGGGCGCUCACCCACUGAUGAAAUCGCCAGCAUGGUGCCCACAACCAGUAUAAAUGCAAGCAGUACCAGUACUGUGGUACCUAGUGCCAGGACUGGUUCCUCUACUACUACAGGGCUUAGCCAUGAGAAAGAGGUGGACAGCCGUGAAAGACGUCCCUCUACAGACGGCAGACGAUCUAUGUCUCACAGUGGCGUAACAUCUAUACCUGUUACCAACCGAGAUGGACCUCCUCCUGCAAAUAAACAGCUCAUCAUUUCAUCCCCGGUCCAGCAAAAUACUCCCCAAAAUUCCACAACUGUGUCCCAGAAAGACAUCAAGAAGGACAAAUGUGAGCAUGAUUAUGACAGCAGUGUUGGAGAGUUAACCAGACUUUAAGAAUUUUAUCAUAAAUCCUCUACCCUUUAAGCUUUCGUUCCUGCCAGUUGGCAUUUGUAGAAUUGCUUUAUAUUUGGUCCUACCACAGGUAGAAUCAGAGAGAAAGGCCUCUCCUCUGCAUCAGCUAGGCAGCAGGUUGUUUUUAGUGCAAAUCUGAUUGGCUGAUAUUAUCAGUGGAGGGUGCUGGCUGGACCACAAAGUGAGGCAGGCAGGAACACACAAGAUGUGAUGGUGGACUCUGAACCUUCUUUUGCCUGCUACAGAUCCCAUCGUCUCCCAUUAACUUACUUGAUUAUCUGUACACCUUUAAUCUUAAUUAUUUCUUUCAUGUCUUUUAAGUGCCUUUAGAAUAGAAUAAUGUGUAGACUAAGCCUUUUUGAGUAAAGGGAAGAAUAACAAAGGGAAAACUGUAAAUAAGCAAAAUUUUUGGAGAAAAUGCAUUGCUUUUGUUACAAUUUUACUUUGUAAACUAUGUUUUGCUAUGAUAUUUUGCCUUUUAUCAAAGAAGAGCUCCGCAUGAUGACCUUACAUAUGGAAAGUGCUACAACGUGACUAGAAUCAUAAUGUGUGUCAAGUUAAGGGAAAUAAGAUGUUACUCCAAGAUAUGUAUUAGUAAAAUAAUUCUGCACUAGACUGCAGCAGAGCCUGUUUCCAUGUUCUUCAUGAAAACCAGAAAACUUUAAGAAAAGCACAGCAGAGACUAAUCAAUACAGGCUAAGGGCAGACGAGGCCGAGCUGCUUGUCGUGUGAGUGUAUUUGCAUGCAUACAGUGUGUGAGUGUGUGUUUGCAUGUGUUUGUGUAGUAACAAGAUCAGGCAGGGUUUAAUGAGGAGAGGUGCCUAUGAGUUCCUUGACUGAUUUGGUGAAACUGCAGGAUGACAAACAGUUUAGGAACGCAGUUGGAAAAAAAUAAAUAAAUCUCGGUUGCUGAUGUGGCAGUUUUUUCUCUGGCCUUGGUUAAGGUCUUUGUAUUGCCUCAGUACGGAGGCAUGACGUUCUCAGCUACACUUAAUCAGCGUGCUUGCAACAACAGCACCGUAGAUGAGGUUAACUGUUACCAGUGUUUGUACCCUCCCCCAUGAGCCAGGUUCUUAUGGGAACUUAAGCUGUAAUUAGUGUUGAGUAUUUCAAUGGAUCCUACAAGGCACUACUGUACCUGUAGAGUGUCUUUAGCUGUGACUGUAGAUUGAUUAGAGAAGACAAGGUUUGCUAUGGAUUACACUGCGUGUUAGUUGAUAGUGAUUUUAAGACAUGGAUAAUCAAAGUGGAAUGUCACAAAUCAAAUUGUACUUAUUGUAUUUAUUGUUACACAAAACUUGAACUAUUCAUGUGAAGUUCCCCUCUAAUUUCUAUGAUUUGAAAGACAUUACUGGAUAGACGCAUUAGCUGCUUCAUACUUUCAGUGGCAUGAAACUUAAUGUAAUAGCAUUGUAAAUGCAAAGGCAGUGCACCAAAUGUAUUUCAUAUUACCUAGGUGUUUUUACUCUUGGUGACUUCAUUGGUUCAUGCUAUUAUGUCAGAUUAUUAAGAAAAUCAAACUGACAAAACUGUAAAUUUCUCUUGUUACAUAUUCUUUUUCUUAGCAAAAAGGAUUGUGUGCUCAGAGGCAAAAACAUUUUACCAUGAAAUCCACUUCAGUGUCUUAUUUUGGACAAAUAUCCUGAACAACACAUUAACCUUGUAUUUUAAAAUUGCCAUUUUUGUUACAAUGUUGGCAAACAGGGAAGGACCCAAAUGCAGAUAGAGGAGGCAGCACAAUGAUUUAAUAGAGCUUACUAGCAGGUACAGGUAGGUAGACAGGUACCAAACAGGUAACAGGCAGAUAUAAGUCCAAACAUCAGAGAGGCCAAUAUCAACAUAGCAACUGGGACGAACUGACAAAGAAUAAAGGAAGGACACAGACUUAAAUACGCUUAGGUGAGGGAGACAAGACACAGUUGAAACCAAUGACACAGGUGAAAACACUCAAAGCAAUCAACGACAGGAAGCAAAACUAACAGACACAAGAGUGAGGGAGAAUAUUACAAAAUAAAAAAGGAAAUAACAGGACAAAACCAUGACAAUUUCACAAUCAGUACUAUAUCAGUACUAGUAUUAAAGCAAACAAAACAAAUAUUGCAGAAGAAGAAUGAAGAACCAAUUUGCCUUCUUUUAUCAUCAAAUAAUUUAUUUCAACUGCCACAUUUAACAUUACCCUAAUAAUUAAAUCAUUUGUUUGCUUUUUGAAAAUAGGGUAGCUUGUGCCUUUUAACUUUGAACUUGAUUUUCUUUAUCCUUUGUCUCACUGUCUGCUCUAAGUUGCUUUAAUUUCUUAAGACACUGAAUAUUUCUCAAAAGCUUAUGGUAUGGAUAAGCAGGAGAAUGUUUACUUUUUCACUUGAAUCACCUUUAAUUUUGAUGAAGUUUUCUAAGGUCAUGAAAUUUGAGCAGUGCCUUUUCUUAAUAUAUACAAUUAAAUGUAAACAUACCAAAAAUAUUCAACAUUAAUUGGCCUUAUUGCAGUUUUUGAAUUCCUUUUUUUGGCCUUUGUGUACUGUAUGUAUCACUCAGAUGGAGUUUAAAAUGCAAUAAUAAGAGUUUAACAUAAUUGGUUUGAAAGGGAGAAUUACCUUCUUUACGCUUAUGAGCACACAACCCUUGUACCAGCCCAAAAUAUAUGUUUGUUAUACUACAAUAAAGGGACGCUUAGAAUAAUUAUUGUUGUUAUUAUCCAAGGUUACGUGCUUGAUUUGUUAAGUGAGGUCAUGAUACUUGAGUGUAAGGUAAAGCGUAUACGUUACAUUUCUUUUUUCCCCUUGGUAAUUUUGAUAAACCCUUUUGAAUUAUGCGUUUUUAAUGAACUUUUAACCUUUUUUUUAUGGAUUAUUAUUUUAUCUGGGACAAUAAGAUAGGGGUGUCAACUCACAGUUUUGAUUGCCACAUGUUUGUUUUUAUUUUUCCCCUUUUGUUUCACUGAAAACAUAAGCUUAAAUGUUGAUUUGGUUUGAUCGAGGUGUAAGUGACAUUCUGAACCAGCAGAAUGGCACACUGAGAAAAUUUUGAUGCCAAAGAGUGUCAUUGCCAUUUUUGUAUGUUAUGUCUUAUCUUCUCCUUAAUUUGCAGGAUGUGUGGUGCAUGUUCAAGAAAGGUCAUUUAUAUAUUUAUGGUUAAAACACAUUUGCACAAGGCACUCACUUUUUAUGUACAGUAUGCCUUUAUAUUGUAUAGUAUCUGAGCAUUUUCUAUUAUUUAUAUAAGCGCAUGUACUAGAGUAUUAAAUAGUCUAAAGAACUGGGCAAUUUUAACAAUGUUGGAAUAAUACUUGUGUGUUCUCUUUCCCUGCAUGUGUGUAAAAAAACGUGUGGUUGUGUGUGUUUUGGAAGGGAUGCUCUAAUCUUAGCAGGAAUGUGACCUGGACAUUUUAGUCUACUUUAUCAUCUCAAACAGUAUGACAUGCUAGGAUAGUAAGGCUUUAAUCAAUACAGCUUUCCUUUUUCUCUUAAAUUUUUUUUUAAACUGGCCAAAUAAAAUAAGCGAGACACUACUAGAUGUCUGCAGGUAGGCAGUAUUUCAGUAGCCUGCUACAGUGAAGUUUUAAUGAAUUGUUGCUUUCUUUGAAAAUGUUUUUGUAUAUAGCACGCUAAUAGGUAUGCAAGUGAAGGUUAAAACUGAAUAAAGUCAGUUGCUGGGAAAUGUUGUUCGGUUGAAUUUAUAACCUGUACACUACAUCUGGUUCUGUAUUUACCAGUGGUGGAUUGUAACUAAGUACAUGUUCUCAAGUAUUGUUCUUAAGUAGCCAACAACUUUGAGGUAUUUCUGUCUUAUGCUGUUUUGUACUGUAUGUUUUUAUUACUAUGCUACUCCGUUGCCUUACAAUUUUACUUUUGCAGAUUAUGAUUUUACAUAAAAAACAGAUCAGUUUAUAAAAUAUGAAACAUUGUUAUAGAUUAAACUACCCAACAUACUGUAUGAUGAAGUAGUUUAAAUUAGUUCCAUCUGCUGCUUACAUGUUAAUGUAUCAGUAAUGAUAAACUAAUAAUAUAUGCAAAAUAACAGGGACCGUUAUGCUGCAUAAUGAGUACUUUUACUUUCAGUAAUUUAAGUAGGCCUACCUUUUGCUCAUAUUAGUUGUGUUCUGAAUACUUCUUCUACCACUGGUAUUUACUGGUACCCACAUAGGGUAUCAAGAGAAAUGAGAUUUACUUAGCGUCUUUGGUUGAGUACGUACACUAUGUUUAAACAAUCUGACUGCUCAGGAAUGUUUAAGUGUUUGAAAAAUGAAAAAUAACUGAACAGUGCUCCUAUCCUGAUAAUUAUUUGUUUCAAUUUCUUAACAGCUGGAGCUGGUUCAGAGCCAGUGAAGCUGUGCACAGUAUGGCUCUUUUGCACAUACUGUACAGAAAUACUCAUGGAAAAUAUGUGACUGUCGUAGAUCUGAAUAGAAAGUUGUUCUAAUAUAAUGUAUUAGUAUGGGGACUUUGAUGGGACACUAUAAUAUGAAGUUAACAAAGAGGUUUUUACAUUCUUUACUAAAGUAAAAGUAGCAAUAUCACAGUUCAAAAAGUCCUGCAUUCAAAAUUAUACUUGAGUAUAACAGUAUUAUUAGCUGAAUGUAAAGUAUCAAAGAUAAAAGCUCAUUAUGCAGAAUGGCCCCUUAUCAGAGUCUUACAUUAUUUUAUAUUUUUGCAUUAUUGUUUUUGAUGUAUUAACUUGUAAGCAGCAUUUUAAUGGUGUAUUUGGACAUUGUGUAGCCAAUUUGAACUACUUUAUAUACAGUACUACUUGUUAUUUUAAUAUGUAGCAAUGACUCACGUUUUAAAAGCUGAUUAAAUGCUUUGUAUGAACAUUUUUAAUUUGUAAAAUAACUAUAGCUGUCAGACAAAUGUUGUGGAGUAAAAAUUACAAUAUUUCCUUCAGAAAUGUAAUGGAGUAGAUGUAUAAACUUGCAUAAAAUGGCAGUAAUCAAGUACAGUAUUUAAAUGUAGGCCAGCUUCAUUACUUUCCACCACCACUGGUAAUAUGAUAAGAAUAAAAUAAAUAUAUAGGAACUCUUGGGAA